UGUUAAUAGUGCUAUCCAAAUUCAAUAUGAACCAUAAUUCUUUCUUUCUUACAAAAAAAAUUAUUUCUUUCUCUGUUCUUAUUUUACUUUUCCAAAAGGAAAAAGGUGACAUUGGACGUGGAUUAAAUAUAUUCUCGUAAUAUAAAUUCUAAUUUAAUUUCAUUCUAUUUUGUAGUAAAAAAAGGUAAUGGAUAAAAAAGUAAUAUUAUAUCAUUAUUUUAUUUUUUAGAGUAAUCUUAUUUUUACUCCAUUAUAGAAUUAAAAAUAUAAUAGAAUUAGUGAUAAUUUUAUUUUUAUUCUCAGAUGAAGUUUGGACCAAAAAUAAAGCGAAAUUAAAGAUGAUGAUAUAGCAACACCACUUGUAUCAUCAUCUUUGUUUGGCCUUUUUUCAUUAAACGAAAAAAAUCUGAAGGAACGAAUAAUUGGUCCAAAAUUGGAGUAACCGGUAUGAAAGAAUUGGUUUAGUUAAAUGAAUCAUACUUUACACGAGAAAUCGCAUUCAAUUGGGCGGAUCUAACGGUCCCUACUGCUUUAACCCACUCUUCAGAAAAUACCCGCCCGCAAAUAUCUGACCCGGACGAGUCUCUCUCAAAGUAACAAACCUUCAAAGAAAAAUCUGCGAAAAUCGAAUCAGCCCGAGAAGCUUCUCCACCCUCAAUACUUCGAUUCCACGCAUCGAUCUCGCAUCAAUCCACCGCCACUUGAUCGAGUUUUUUUUCUCAUUCCGAUCAGCUAAAGUUAGGGUUUUUGAUCAUUUCUGAUCCGAUCAACGCUCCUUCAAAAUUGGUGAUGAAAGUCGAAUGAAGAGAUUUGGAUCUUCUCGUCGCGUAGUCUCUGAGACAAUUGCUGAUGGAAAGAGAAACGGGGCCGAGUUCGUCGGAGAAGCCGAGAAGAGGCGAUCGAGAAGAGGAUGUGAAGGUUAUCGAGUGGGAAGAGUUCGACCAUGAGCUCACUCGGCUAUGGAGUCUUUCCUCUGCUCUGAAGUUAGCCACAGAGAAGAAGCUAAGCCUACAGCCCAAACUCGAGUCUCUUAUUCAGUGAGCUUUAAUUGCUUAGCCCGCGGAUUAGCGGGCGGCCAAAUUUCGGGCAGGUUAGUGCUGAUUCAUUGAGACGCGCUAAUGAGCUUGAAGAAAUGCGUCAGAGGCUGGAAGCAAGAAAGUUGCUGGUGGAGAAGACGUCAGCUGCUUGCAAAGUCACCGAGCAGGAUGUUAAAGUGAAAGAGGAUAGUCUCAGUGCAGAGGUGAGAUCUUUGCUAGUUGGCGGUACAACCCUCUCAAUCGCUAAAAGCAAAUUGCAGGAGUCAAACUGCCAACUAGAAGGAGAGAGUGGUUACACUCAUCUAAAGAUUGUUACGAGUAAGCUAAGAAAGAGGCACCAGUACAUGGUAUCCCAAGUUUCAUUUAUCUAUCCCUUGAAGAUUGAGGCUGGACCUUCGCAAGACCAAGAACUGGAGUCACUUCCAGGUGGCAGUAGAUUAGGAACUAAGCCUGUGAGUCAAGGAUCCGUGAGAAUCCUGGGGUUGCCUUUUAGUAUGGCCCCGUUUACAAAGAUGAGCUUCUUCACUGACAAGAAAGAAGUUCAGAAGUCGGCAACUGCCCUAGGAUAUGUAGCUCAUGCCGUGUCCCUAUUAGCUCCUUACUUGGGAGUGCCUAUUCGUUAUCCUUUGCGCCUAGGUGGUUCCAAAACGUAUAUUCGAGACUAUGCGCCUUACAUUGAGCCUUCGUCAUCAGACAUGUCUGCGAUCUCCACUCUUUCCCAAAACUAUAAGUUUGUAGAAUUCCCUCUGUUUUUGGAUGGGCAAGAUACAACUCGAGCUGCCUAUGCUGUCUUCUUAUUGAACAAGAACAUCGAGCAGCUCCUGAACUUUGUUGGGGUUAACAGUCUAGGGCCACGUCAGGUUCUAGCUAACCUCAAGGAGCUAAUCAGAAUCAUCCAGUCACCAGAUUAUAUACAUUCUUGACGAUGGAUGAUGAAGAUAUCCAACACUGUUUUUUUCUUCCUGUAGAUGAAUCAACUACUUCUCACACAGCUUCACUGUCUCUUACUUUUUUUUUUUUUGCAUCUUCUCAAGUGGACAGUUUUUGGGGAUAAAAGGUUUAGAUUUUUGUAAUCGUCAGAGAACGCAUACACAGGGACAUUCUCUUUAGAAUGAUACUUAUCUCUGUAAGUGUGAUACUUUUCCUGGUUUGGAGAUAGUCAAAGAAAGUCUAGUUUCGUAUAAGUCCUAACAGAUGUAUUGUAUUUGCUUUUUGGAAUAUGUUUUACCAUCCAAGUUAAUAAGGAGCCUCUUGUUUUUUU